AUGGCUGCAGCUUCUCAGCAAUUUGGAGAUCAAGAGCAGCCAUCAAGGAGAGUGAAUGAGGUGAAGCAAAUUCCAAGGUAUGCCAAAUUCCUCAAAGAGCUAUGCACAAACCGAAGGAAACUUGCUGAACGUGAGAAGGUAAGCGUGGGGGAGUGUGAUGAAUGCAAACCUGUUCGUGAGGCACAAAGAAGGCUGAAUCCACCUAUGAUGGAGGUUGUAAAGAAGGAGAUUGUGAAGCUCCUAGACAUUGGGGUAAUCUACCCCAUUUCUGACAGUAAAUGGGUGAGUCCCAUCCAUGUGGUACCAAAGAAGACCGGGAUUACCAUUGUCCCUAAUUCUGAAGGAGAGCUAGUCCCCACUCGUGUGCAAAAUGGGUGGAGAGUUUGCAUGGACUACAGGAAGCUCAACACAGCGACAAGAAAGGAUCACUUUCCCUUGCCCUUCAUGGACCAAAUGCUUGAGAGACUUGCUGGAAAAAGCCAUUACUGCCUCCUUGAUGGAUAUUCUGGAUUUUAUCAAAUCCCCGUUGCACCAGAAGAUCAAGAGAAGACCACUUUCACAUGCCCAUUUGGCACCUUCGCAUUCAGGAGGAUGCCCUUUGGUCUUUGCAAUGCACCAGCCACUUUCCAAAGGUGCAUGAUGAGUAUUUUUUCUGACUAUGUGGAGAAGAUCAUUGAAGUCUUCAUGGAUGACUUUACAGUGUAUGGCAAUUCAUUCCAUGAAUGCCUAGCCAACUUGGAGAAGAUACUUCAAAGGUGUUUGGAGACAAACUUGGUUCUCAACUAUGAGAAGUGCCACUUUAUGGUCAGCCAUGGCUUAAUCUUAGGCCAUAUUGUUUCAGCUAAAGGGAUUGAGGUGGACAAAGCCAAAGUUGACACCAUCAAAAAUCUGCCCUACCCAACCAGCAUUAGGGAAAUUCGAUCAUUCCUUGGACAUGCUGGUUUUUACAGGAGGUUUAUCAAAGAUUUUUCUAAAAUAACUCAGCCUCUUUGCAGAUUGUUACAGCAGGAUGUACCCUUCAACUUUGAUGACAGCUGCAAAUCAGCCUUUGAUCUGAUCAAAUCACUCCUAAUUUCUGCCCCAGUCAUCCAGCCACCUGAUUGGAACCUUCCAUUUGAGAUAAUGUGUGAUGCCAGCAACUUUGCUGUAGGUGCGGUAUUGGGACAGCGUAUAAGCAACUCUCCUCAUGUUAUUCACUAUGCCUCACGCACCCUAGAUGCUGCACAAUGCAACUAUUCCACCACAGAAAAAGAAUUGCUGGCUGUUGUGUUUGCAUUGGAGAAGUUUAGACCCUACCUACUUGGGACAAAGGUGAUUAUAUACUCAGAUCAUGCUGCACUAAGGUACUUAAUCAAGAAAAAGGAGUCCAAACCUAGGCUGGUGAGAUGGAUACUGCUGUUACAAGAGUUUGAUUUGGAGAUCCGUGACAAGAAAGGCAAGGAGAACCUUGUAGCUGAUCACCUCAGCAGAAUUCUGACUGAGAUGGAGACAUGCCCCAUCAAUGAGACCUUCCCUGAUGAGCACCUCUUUGCUGUCCAAGAAGAGGAACCAUGGUAUGCUGAUAUUGUCAAUUUCCUUGCCAUAGGUGAUUUGCCUACUGAUUUGCCCAAACACAUAAGAGACAAGAUCAAGAAAGAGGCAAGGUAUUAUGUGUGGGAUGAGCCCUACCUAUGGAAGCAUUGUGCAGACCAAGUCAUAAGGAGAUGCAUCCCAAACCAUGAAACAAAUGGGCUGGCUGAAGUAUCAAACAGGGAGAUAAAGUCCAUCUUGGAGAAAACGGUCUGCCCAAAUCGAAAGGACUGGAGUACACGCCUCAAUGAUGCAUUAUGGGCAUAUAGAACAGCAUAUAAGACUCCAAUUGGGAUGUCUCCAUAUAGGCUGAUUUAUGGGAAAGCAUGCCAUCUACCUGUGGAACUUGAACAUAAAGCCUAUUGGGCUGUGAAGAGCUGUAAUCUUGAUGAAAAAGAAGCUGGAGUUAACAGAAAAUUACAGAUUCAAGAUCUUGAGGAGAUUAGGCGUGAUGCAUAUGAAGCUUCAUGGGAUUAUAAAGCAAGGACCAAAGCUUUCCAUGACAAGAACAUCUCCAGAAAACACUUCCAGGUUGGUGAUAAGGUUUUGCUCUUUGAUUCCAGGUUCAAAUUAUUCCCUGGAAAGCUUCGGUCUAGGUGGAUUGGGCCAUUUUUGGUUGAGCAUGUUUAUCCACAUGGAGCUAUUGACAUACGGAGUCCACAAACAAGCAAAGUUUUCAAAGUUAAUGGGCAUCGUUUGAAGAGAUUCUAUGAAGGUUUUACUGUCCAUGCCACCGGCAAACUCAAGACCACCAUGGUAAGAAUCAAGAUGAGGGCCACCGGCGGACCAUUCAUGUGGAAGAAAUUAGGGCUACCCAAACCACCCACUCCCUCUGAUAGUGACGAUGAAGCGUGGGACGUACCUCCUCCGGCCACCAUCAACACCGAGACACCACCGGCCACAAGCACAGGAACAGGACGCACCGAUUCACCGGCCGUCCAAAUAUAUCGCCGGCAAAAGAAACAACAAAGAACGCCGCCACCACCAUCCACAACAGCCUCGACGGCCAACCCUGCCGGCGAAAUACUGCCUGAAUCCACCACUUCCUCCAGCCACGGCCAGAAACGGCCAAGAACUCAGUCGCCACCUCCACCGCCGAGAUCAGAGCUAGAACCACAAACCGCCAUUGCCACACAUCCCACAGUUCACGAGGAAGGCGGUGCGCCCAGUAAUUUGCCCACUGAUGCCACCACUAAUGAGCCCACUGAUGCGCCCAGCAAUCUGCCCACUGAUACCACCAGCGCUUUGCCCAAUGAUACGCCCACUGGUGCGCCCACAGACUUACAAAGUGAUGUGCCCAGCGACACACUCAGUGAUGUGCCCAGCAAUUUGCCCAGCGAUUUGCCCAGGCCAGCACACCCAGAUCACAUCGUCAAAGCACUGACAUUCAAUAAAAUUUCUGAGCGCACCAGGCUGCUUAAAAUCUCAUCCCUACCAUAUCACCCAGGUAAGCAUAUCCAUCAUGCCACCCUUGGAGCACUGAGACUCCAUUCCCAGGUACGUUCUCUAAUUUCUGCUAUUGGCUGGGACUCCUUCUUUUUCCUGCGCAUGCCCUCUUUCCUGGAACUCACACAGGAGUUCUUCACUACAUUUUAUUUUGAUAAACCUGCCAUGCACAACAUACACACACCAGGAACUAUUGGAUUUAGGUUACUGGGGAAGCGAUUUCGCUUAUCCCUGCAGGAAUUCGGCAUAGCCAUGGGCUGUGAAUGCCCACAGUCCACCUGGGACUUCCCUGCUGAGUUUGAUCCAAGCUCUGUGUACUUGGAGUUGAGUGAUAAUCCACCAGAACCAUACUCACCCACUAGGUCCAAGGACCUAUACCUCAGCAACCCCAGUCUGAAAUACCUUCACAGGGGUUGCUCUUCAGCGACAGUAGCUGUGGCCAUAUUGUCUCUUUGGUUUGUGUCAAUUGAAGGCUCGGUUGGUAUUGAAGAUGAUGUCUCUUUGUCUUCUCGAUUUCUGGAUCAAACUGAAUUAUGCUAUUCUCAUAUUUGGUCAUAA